CUGGUACGCUCGUUUCAACGCCUUCAACGCCCAGUACCUUCCAUGGUGUGGGCGAGAAAUCUUCUCCCGUAGUCGACGCAUUUGCCAUCCAAAUAAAUGGAACCUUCGCUGUUUGCUCUCAUCAGAUGGCGAUUACUUACUGGAAAGUACACAACGUUUCAUAUUUUUCCCUAGCUAGACAGCUUUCAAUAGUUUGCCGUCCAUCGGUUGGCGCGGUUGAUUUGUCCAGUGUCGAUCCAGUGAGGCCCAAACCAUCUCACCAAACUAUCGUUUGUGUUUUGUUUUGUUGAGUGAAUUUCGGUGGAUGUUAUCAAAAUCGGAGGGGGGUUCUCUUACGCUAAGUGCAUACCAAAACGUUGCAUUUUGGUUGGCCGAAUGCCAUCAACGGAUUAUUUACUACGAUAGUAAAGUGAGAAGUACGUUACGUGUCGGGAAAUGAUAGAGUGUCGAAUAAAUUUAAUGUAGUGACGAGCAAAACAAAGCCCGUGUUUUUUUUUGUUUUUGUUUUAAAUAUUCCUUCAACGAAUCUGUGAUCGAACCAAACCAGAGCCAUGGAUCAACGACUGGUCAAUGUUAUCAUUUUGGGGCUCGGAUUUAUGUUGCUGUUCACCGCGUUCCAAACGAUGGGCAACAUUCAACAAACGGUGAUUAACAGCAUCAUAUCAGACGACAGCACAUUUAAAGGCGAUGGCUACACAAGUCUGGCGGUUAUAUACGGUGUGCUGUCGAUUUCCAAUUGGGUGUCGCCAUCGGUUCUCUCCAAGACUGGGCCUAAGCUUGCAAUGCUGCUAGGAGCAAGCACCUAUUGGUAAGAAUUUUGUACAGUUUUUAACUCAUCAUUUCAUCGAGAGACUAAAGUCUAAAAUCAUCAUAGUCUUUUGAUAUUCUUAUCGAUAGUCCGGCUUAGUAUAUUAUUCAAUCCACGCCCGACAACCAAUUUCAAGUAUGUGCCUUUUACCUGGUGAUAAGUUAUAUUAAAACAAAACAAAUGCCCUUCAAGAGGACAUUAAUUUGUUUUUCCCGUUUGAAGCCCAUUUACACUCCUCGUGAAAAUGAACGUGAAAAUCUUAUUUCAUCAAUAACUCAACAACGCGACUAAACUAGAUUUUGUAACACAGUCGAAUCGAUGGGGAAUUGUUGAAAGAUGAUAGUCCUACUGGUCUUGUUUUCGAAAACCUCCUAGAACUGUUUUUAUUUCGAUUCCCCUACCAUGAUGAAAAUUUCGUUGUGAAAACCGCGGAAUUAAUAGCUGCAAAAAUCGCAGAAGAAAUUGACAGUUUAAUUAACUGAUUUGGAAUUUAAAAACCUAUAUACUAAUCAAACUAAUUAAAAUUAGUUGAAUGAAUUUUUAAUGAACAAUUCUUAUAACUCGUGAGAAUAACAAUAACAAGGCAUUGUUAAUUUUUGUGUAGCAUCAUUCAUAGAUAACCUAGAUAAAAUAUUUCCAUUAGUUUUUCUCUCGGAAAAGUUAUAGAGUACACCACUCAUCACUUUUUUCACUUUACUUACUUUUUUUUAAAUAAAUUUAUUAAAAAAAAUAUAUCGAAGAUUUUACACAUGGGAACCUUUUUUUCAUUUUUUUUAGAACCUCAGCAUUUCAAAAUCAAUCAAAUAUUCCAUUGAAUGCCAUGCUCAUGAAAUGCUGUUUGAAAUUCACCUAUUAUUAAUUAUAGAGCGUCAACUGGAACAUCAUGUAACACUUUUAAACUUCAAUGGCCUCUAAAAACUUAAUGUUCACACAUAAUGAUACCGCUUGUAUAUCAAAAGUUUUAAAAAAAGGACAUAAAAUUGACGUGUUCAGAAAAUUUAUUGGUUUCACCAGAUAUUUUUAAUUUUACAAAAACAUGCGAUUUUCACCCUACUGAGAAAAACGGGUAAGUUGCAACAAACUUUGAAAAAUCUAAUGACAAUGUUUGAAAAUUUAAUUUUUUUUAUAACAUCACGCAUAAAGUACCAGUUGCUGUAGUUUUUGGUUUUGUUCGAAUUCAAUUUUACAUUUUUUUCUGUCAGAACAUUUUGUGAUAUAGCUCAGUUGACAAGUCUGUUGUCUCCUGAGCCGAGUUGUACCGGAUAAGUUUUUCAAUAAAGAUCCACCAACUGCAACGUUGAUGAAGUCGCGAAUGCCAUAAAGAUGGUAAUACGACUAUAAUCGAAACAAAAAAAAAAAUAAGGGUACUGUAUACAUUUAGGGGUAAAAAUAAUACAACCAAUUUUACUAUUUAGCUGAAAUCAUUAAAAAUAAUGAUUGGAUGGAUGAGAUUGUGCUUGAUGCAGACAAUUAUACUCCAGCAUAUGGAAACGAGAUUUAAAAUGUGAAUCUUUGAUUUGCAUUUUGCCCAAACUGGUAACUGAUUUAUAAAAAUAUUUAUUCAAAAAAAUUUGGUGUCUGUCCGCAAAAUAUUUUUACACAAAUAGUGUUGGAAUAGGAUAACAAAAAACAAUACAAAGUUUAUAGGUGAUCGUUUAGCCAAUCCGUCAUACUGCUAAUGUUCGAUUUUUUUUUAUUUAACUUGAUUGGGAUAAAUUCUUAUUCAACUUGGGGCAUUCCUAACUUUUUUUAGUUGUUUUAGGAUUGAAAAAAAAUUGUUCGAAUAAUUACCCUUUCCUAAAGUCAGACACAUUUUCAGUUUGAAUAUUAAAAGAGACGAAUAAAAGUUCUUUGGCAGAAUUAAUAAAAAUCACAUUAUCCAAUUUAAGCACUGAUGAAUUUGUCGUGCCCACUCAUCGAACCGUGUAGAGUGGUGUGAAGCCAAGAAGUGAACCAGUUUUAAAUAACCUUCACUUUUCAAGACAGGAAUGUUGAAAAAGGCACUACCGGAACGAUCACGGCAUCAGUUCAACUAAAUUUCAUACCUUCGUACAUAUAGGCAGGUACAUACCCAAAGUAUACUUUCACGUUUAACUCGAUCGGGAUCGAGUUAAGUCAAAAUGAACACCAACCAAGCUUCUAUACUUUUUCAUAUUUUAUUCAGUAGAUACAAAAAACCCAAUUAGACCAAUUUCGGUCUAAUCGAAAAAAAAAUGAAGCGUCAAGGCACUGUUCCUUAAGCAUAAUACUGUUUCAUUUAAAUUAAACACCGUUCAAGACUAGAUAAAACUUUAAAGAUUUUGAAGUUAAUAACAAUUUUUCUUUUUCAAAAGGAGAAAAUUAUAUUGCUUCUUUUUCUUCUGAAAAUUGGCUGAAUCGGCCUAUUUGACAAAAAUGAAAAUAAUGACAAAAAUGAUAAAAAUGACAAAAAUAACAAAAAUGACAAAAAGGCAAACAUGACAAUAAUAACACAAAAGACAAAAAUGACGAAAAUGACAAAAAUGACAAAAAUGACAAAAAUGACAAAAAUGACAAAAAUGACAAAAAUGACAAAAAUGACAAAAAUGACAAAAAUGACAAAAAUGACAGAAAUGACAGAAAUGACAAAAAUGACAAAAAUGACAAAAAAGACAAA